AUGCCCCCAGCCCCCAUCCUCGACCACUCUCACCUCAAGCCCGGCAACCAGGCUGCGCUCCUCUCUCACGAACGCACGCUCGAGCUCUACCGCGCGAACGCCAAGAAGACCCAGGACCCCGACCUUCAGUUCGAGUUCGCCGUCUUCAUGAUCGAUGCCUCCAAGACCCUCCCCGUGCCCGAACCGACCCCCGCCAACGUUAUAGAGGUCGAACGGGCACUCGAGAAGCGCGAAGAUCUCGUUAGAGAGGCUACGUCCCUCCUCAAACGCCUCGCCGACCGCGGCCACGCCGCCUCCCAGUACUUCCUCGCCGACUGCUACGCCAACGGUAUAGGAACCACCAAGGGCAAGCAGGACUUUGAUCGCGCCUACCCACUCUUUGUUCUCGCCGCUAAGCACGGGCACCCCGACGCUGCCUACCGGGCGGGCACCUGCUGCGAGAACGGGUGGGGAUGCCGACGGGAAAGCGCCAAGGCGCUCCAGUUUUUCCGCAAAGCGGCCGCAGCGGGCCACCCAGGUGCCAUGUAUCGUCUCGGAAUAGCCGAGCUGAACGGCGAGCUCGGGCUCUCGAAGAAGCCCAAGGACGGGGUGCAGUGGCUCAAGCGUUCGGCGGAGCAUGCGACGGCGGAGUUUCCGCACGCGCUGCACGAGCUCGCUCUGCUGCACGAACGGGGGAUCAACAACGUUGUCUUCGUUGACUACGAAUACGCGGCCGAGCUGCUGGCUCAGGCGGCGGAGCUGGGGUAUGCCGCGAGCGCCUACCGAUUAGGAGAGUGCUACGAAUACGGCAAGAUGGGAUGCCCGCAAGAUCCGGCUCUUUCAAUACACUAUUACAACAUUGCCGCGCAACAGGGCCAUCGAGACGCAUGUUUUGCGCUCACGGCCUGGUACCUUGUCGGGUCGCCAGGCGUGCUGCCUCAAUCCGACACCGAGGCAUUCCUGUGGGCGAAGAAGGCAGCCGAUGCCGGUCUGGCCAAAGCCAUGUACGCUGUCGGUUAUUUCCUUGAAGUCGGCAUCGGAACUCCCGUCAAUCACGAUGAGUCUAUGCAAUACUACAAGCGCGCCGCGGACCUCGGCGACCGUCGCGCUACACAACGGCUCAAGGGCGGCUCUAUGCAUCACCCGGGCGGCGCCGACGCCGUCGUGCACCGCGAUGGCACACAGGAUUCGUUUCAAACGGGGGCAAAGAAUGGGAAAGACAAAGACUGCGUCAUCAUGUAA